AUGGCUUCGUUCUACAUUGAAAACAAAAACGUCGGCAACAAGGCCGAUUCGGAGGAUUGGAGAAUUCGCGGCUACAACCCUCUCACCCCUCCCGACCUCCUCCAGCACGAGAUUGCCCAGACAUCCGAGUCCAAGCGGACGGUCCUCGAGUCCCGCAACGAGGCCGUUGCUGUCGUCAACGGCACCGAUGACAAGAACCGUCUGCUGGUCGUGGUCGGCCCCUGCUCCAUCCACGACCCCGCGGCCGCGCUGGCCUACUGCGACCUGCUACUCACGGCCAAGGAGAAGCACAAGGACGAGCUGCUCAUCGUCAUGCGCUCGUACCUCGAGAAGCCGCGCACCACGGUCGGCUGGAAGGGCCUGAUCAACGACCCGGACAUUGAUGGCAGCUUCCAGAUCAACAAGGGCCUGCGCCUCGCCCGCCAGCUCUUCGUCGACCUCACCCACCGCGGCAUGCCCAUCGCCAGCGAGAUGCUCGACACCAUCUCCCCGCAGUUCCUCGCCGAUCUGCUGUCCGUUGGCGCUAUCGGCGCCCGCACCACCGAGAGCCAGCUGCAUCGCGAGCUCUCCAGCGGCCUCAGCUUCCCCGUCGGCUUCAAGAACGGCACCGACGGCUCCCUCGGCGUCGCCAUCGACGCCAUUGGCGCCGCCAAGCACCCCCACCAGUUUCUCUCCGUCACCAAACCCGGCGUCGUCGCCAUCGUUGGCACCACCGGCAACGAAGACUGCUUCGCCAUCCUCCGCGGCGGCACCAAGGGCACCAACUACGACGCCGCCAGCAUCGCCGAGGCCAAGGCUGCCCUGGAGAAGAAGGGCGUCAGCCAGCGCCUUAUGGUCGACUGCAGCCACGGCAACUCGCUCAAGGAUCACAAGAACCAGCCCAAGGUCGCUGCGGUUAUUGCGGAGCAGAUUGCCAAGGGCGAGAACGCCAUCAUGGGCGUCAUGAUUGAAAGCAAUCACAACGAGGGCAACCAAAAAGUUCCCGCCGAGGGCAAGUCUGGCCUCAAGUACGGUGUCAGCAUCACCGAUGCUUGCAUUCACUGGGAGGACACCGUUAAGGUCCUUGACAACCUUGCUGAUGCUGUCAAGCAGCGUCGCAAGGUCAUCAAUGGCUCCGCUUAA